GAAAUCGGGGGCUUAAUGCGGGCGGGACGUCGUGGUUGAGAAGCUUCCCUGAUUCGGAUCCCGUGCGGUUCGUGUGCUCGGCUGGGUUCUGCCUCGCCAGGUUAGCUUGCAUGUCCUGUGUGUGGCCUAGCUGGCAGCUAACCAGCUAGCAGACGUGGUACGGUCCGACCAUAACGAGGCGCAUAUCUAAGAGUGUGGCGACAAUUCUGCCUGUGUGUGUGUGUGUGUGUGUGUGUGUGUGGAGGAGUCACAGCCGUGGACAUUGGAGCGAGAUUUCACGCGUCAGAACGGCUUUACCUGCGAGUGGCUUUUGUGUAUUUAUUAGCCUUCAGGCUAACUAUUAGCUCUAACAUAGCCACCGUCGUGUUUACUGAUGAUGUAGCCUUAUAGCCGACAAUAUUUAACACUACUCCACUACUCCAUUAUGUGAUGCCUGGAGGAGUGUGACGAUCGUGGCUGCUCGAGUUCAUCGUGGCAAAGCGAAGAGCCGGCAGGGAAGCACACUGAUCUAAAGUUGUGUGGAGAGAAGUGGAAAAUGUUUAAUCUAUAAAUGGAGGGAAACAAGCAGGCACUCAGGGUCAACGAAAGCAACACGCUCAAUACCACACCUGCUUGAGAAGCACCUUAUCAAUGACUGCAGCUGAAACGAAGUGACUACACCCAACAACGCAAGCCUGACUGAUCCAUAGAAACAAUUGGGCUGCCACCAUGGACGGAGAGGAGCAUAUUCCUCGCCUGAGUGAGGAUUUCUUCUGUGUAUCUGACAGUUCUGCAGAAAGUAAAAAAAGAGAGGCGAAAGGGACCUGCCUGAAAAUCGAGGGACAGGAAGGUUAUGUGUUAAAGUCCUACAGCUUUCAUCCUCACGAUCUCACGGAUACAAAGUCGCCAAGCUGCUCCUCAACACUGGAUAAAGAUUCCCUCCCUAGUUUCCAUUUAUCUUCUCAGGUAGAAAAACGGUUAGACUUGGAGAAAGUGUGUGAUAUUGCGCCAUCGUCCCUCAAUGACGGACAUAUAAACAUUGAGAAGUAUCCAAACGGUGGUGGACUGAGUGAAAGUGUCAGAGAUCAUAUUGGGGAUGCAAAUGGGAUGGAAGAGGAAAUGCAAGAGGACGAAAGGCUAGCAUUUGGUGGCGCCAUUGGCCCUUUCCUAACCCGAGACUGUGAUGACUAUAGUAAUUUAUUAAGCGGAUACACAAGCACCCUUUAUGAUGUUGCCAUGGAUGCCGUCACUCAAAGUCUUUUGUCGUCGAUGAGGGGUCACGGCAACCCGAGGAAAAAAUCUCAAGCGUGGAAUCACUUCUUCAUUUCGCCACGGGACAAUACCAAAGCAAUCUGUCUAUACUGCAUGAAAGAGUUCAGUCGGGGCAAGAAUGAAAAAGACCUCAGCACGAGUUGUUUAAUGAGGCACGUACGAAGGGCUCACCCGACUGUGCUUAUACAGGACGGCACAGAUGCAUCCUUCUCCAGCCUGCCUCUUUUUCCCUCAUCGUUGAUACCUCCCUCCCCAGGCUCACCAAAAAACGGAGACUUUUUUACUUCUCCCUCAAAGAACACAUCACCGUCCACAUCCUCGGCUGAAAAUUCAAGCCCGUCAUCCAAAGAAGUGCUGCCCAAAGUCGAACAAAAAAUAGAUCAGUUUACAAAUGUCGACCCUCUGAGUAGCAUCCUUCCACCCUUUCCGUCCUCACAUUCCAGCGAAAACAACGACGACUUAUUAGACAGAGGACCCGAGCGCCCUCCGGGAACCCCUAAAGGCGCCAGUUCCCGUCGCAGAUCGGCCGUGUGGAAGCAUUUCUACUUGUCACCUGCAGACAAUUCCAAAGCUGUGUGUAUCCACUGCAUGAAUGAAUUCAGUAGGGGUAAAAACGGAAAGGAUCUCGGGACAAGCUGUCUCAUUCGUCACAUGUGGAGAGCCCACAAAGAGGUUGUCAUCGAGGAAAACGGACAUGGCAACCACAUUCCGCCACCCUAUACAAACCCACCCUCGCUGCUGUCCCGCUCACAGCUACAUGAUGCACUGGAAAUUAAAAAAGAGCCACCCUUUCUUAUGUCCUCCCCAGAGACUAUAUCAGAUGAACUACCCCAAAGCUUAGAGGAAAGCAUGUUUAUUAAGGAGGAGAGAGACCUUAUGCAUCUCUCAGGGCAGGAUUCCUCUUUUAACUUCUUUAAAACUCAGGGGGCUGAUACACCACUGACUUCCUCACCAUACCUCUCUGAAGGCCCCAGCCUCAGUCAGAACCAUUUAGUUUUCCAACAGAAUAAAAAGCUUAUGAAACGGGUGAAAUCUGAAGUGUGGCAACAUUUCAUAGUGUCGCCAGUUGACCAGUUAAAAGCACUGUGCCGUUACUGUCCUUGUGUCAUUAGUCGGGGCAAGCGGGGCGACUUUGGCACAAGUUGCCUGAUGAGGCAUCUGAUGAGACGUCACCCAGACGUCAUGAAAAACCAAAAAAGCACAGACGAGAAGGAAUCGUUCCCUCACCCCUACGCCAUGCUCACCUCAACAGAUCCAGUCUCGGCCAAAGAAGCUGACGACUCUGGCAUUGACAAAAAGCCCCCAAACCUGCCUGUUUUUAGCAAAAGGACGUCAAAACUGUGGAAUCAUUUCUCCAUUUCCGACACCGAUCCCACCAAGGUGAAUUGUUUGCACUGUAGCCGCACAAUUAGCAGAGGCAAAAAGACUACGAACCUCGGCACAAGCUGCCUCUUCAGGCACAUGCAGAGGUUCCACGGACAUUUUCUCGAAAGUAACAGUUCUAUCUCAGGUGUUGUGCCGUCUGCUGAAGUUCGCAUUAAACAAGAGCCGAUGGAAGCCACCGUUUAUCAGCCGGAGCAAAGCUGUGAGAGGUUUGAUGAACACCACCCGGUUGCCAAAAAAACCACAAAGCUUAUUGCGGAAAUGCUCGCACUGGAUCUUCAGCCAUCAGCUAUGGUAGAGAAUUCUGGACUGACUAGACUGAUAGAGUUCCUCCAGCCUCAGUAUUCUCUUCCACCUUCUUCUUACUUUACCAGCACCGCCAUACCAGAAAUGUACAGUAAGGUGAAAGAUGUUGUGCUGACCCACCUAAAAGAGGCCGAAGGCGGCGUUGUCCAUUUCACAACAAGUAUUUGGGUCAGCAGCCAGACAAGAGAAUACCUGACCCUUACCGCUCACUGGGCAGCAUAUGAGUCAAAUCUCCGACCUCAAGGUCAAGACUUCCACUGUUCAGCUCUCCUAAGUGUCUCGCAAAUAGAUUGUGACCAAGAUAUGCACGACAUCCCAAAGCAGCUUGAGUACCUAUGGGACAAUUGGAUCACCUCACCAGGGCUGAAGAAAGGGUUCACAGUAACAGAUAACGACACCAUCAAAAAUACCUUGGAGGAGCAUGGCCAUGUCACCGUGCAGUGUUUUGGACACACCAUAGACCUCAUUGUAAGCGAAGCCAUAAAAAGCCAGAGAUUGGUUCAGAACCUUCUGAGCAUAGCGCGAAAGAUCUGCGAACGUGUGCACCGUUCGGCAAAUGCUAAAGAAAGACUGGCCGAGCUCCAAAAGACUCACCAGCUACCAGAAAACCAGCUGAUACAGGACGUUCCAUCUAAGUGGAUGACGUCCUUCUUCAUGUUGGAACGCCUGGUUGAGCAGAAGAUAGCUAUCGACGACUUGUCGAUAGAGUGCAAUUUCAGGGAAAUAAUCAGCUUUGACCAGUGGGAGGUGAUGCUCUCAGUCUGCAAUGCACUGAAACCCUUUGAAGUGGCCAGCAGAGAGCUGAGCAACCGCACUGCCACUCUGGGCCAAGUCAUACCGCUCAUUCACAUUCUCACCAGGAAAAUAGAUCUCUUGUUUGAUGAGACUGUUGGCAUCGACAAUAUGCUGAUGUCUCUAAAGGAAGCAAUGAUGAACAGGAUGUCGGCUACUCUGCAAGACCCACGUUAUACCUGGGCCACCAUGUUGGACCCGAGAUACAAAACAUCACUGUUCACAGAGGAAGAAGCAGAGCGUUGCAAACAAGAUCUGAUCCAGGAGCUGGACUUGUCCUCUUCUACCUCAGUUCCAGUUGACUCUCUCCUCCCCAACGGCUGCGACGAGGACCCCGUUUCCUCUGACAACCCUCACUCAACCAGAGACAACCUCUGGCCCUUGAUGCCUGAAUUCAGGCAAAACAUAAAAGAGGAGGAGGAGGAGGAAAAGUCCGCAGAGAUGGUAGUGCUGGAGUAUUUGGAGGAAGACAUCUUAGAUCAAAGCUGUGACCCCCUCGACUAUUGGAACCUGAAAAAGUUUCUGUGGCCCGAUCUUGCCAAAGUAGCCGCCCGUUACGUGGGCUGCCCUCCCACCAUCGUCCCAGUAGAGACGCUGUUUAGCACCGCCGGCGUCAACUGUGCUCUAAACCAGCCCAGGCCAAUGCUGGACAACAUAGAGGGACUGCUGUUCCUUAAGGUCAACCUCCCCUUGAUCUAUUUUCAGUACUGAACAUUAUUGAAUAUUAAUUUGAAAACUGUUCCAUCAAGGACCAAGUUGCAUAGCUGUGAAAUGGGUGGGCUUGUGUGGGGCUAAUUGUAAAAUAGGGAUUUAUACACUGAUUCUUAAUGCAAAGGCCAGAUUGAGGGUUUCUUGUAUUGUGUACUACUGUUAAACACUUGGAGCUGUUGUGAUGAAACGUCUCAGUGAGAAGUGUAUCAGGGAGGGAUUUUUUUUUCUUUCUUUCUUUUUAGCUGUAGGGGGAUAGUGAUGAUGUGUUUGGUUGUAAUCUUUUGUUAUUGUUGUUUUUUUCUGUUGUCUACUCUCUCCUUGUGCCUUAACCAAAACUACUUCAGGUCAAAAUGCUGUAAAUAUUAUAGAAAUUGUACUGAUCGCAUCAGGAUCCGUUUUUUUAUUAUUAUUAUUAUUAUUAAUUAAACAUAGAUGCAAGGAAUUUUUUUCUCAGAAUGACAACUUGGCCCAAAAACAAAUGCUGUGACUGAAAUAUGUUUUAAGUUAAUGCUAUUUAAUUUUUCUUUGUAAAUUUGAGGCUUACGGUACGGUAGAAAGUCUUUUUUUUUUUUUUUUUUUAACUCACUGAAAUGCUUUUAAUAAGAUGAUGUAUAAUGUGGCUGUAUUUUCAGAAUAAGGUGGAUUUUUUUGGAAUACACCAGUUGACUCUUAAGCACAAUUUAAGUUUAUGUCCAGGGGAUUAAAUUAUGGGUUUAUUAUUGAUGAACAGUGUACUGUACAUUUUUAUAUUAAAUGACUUCUGAACCUAAUUUGAUAAACGUUUAGCAUUCAGACUGGAAACAUGCAAAUUUUGUGGUCAUUUGUAAAUAAAGGUUUUUCUUGAACGGUA